GCCCGCCGAUGUAGCUCCCUCGUUUCUCGUUUGCGGUUGCUCUCUUAUUUCGAUCUCCUCCCCAAUCUUUUUCUCUCAGUUUUUUCUUCAGUUUUCUCGUCCUUCGGCCGUUCGGCGCCUUUCCCGUGGCUCGAUUUGGAUUGGCACCCACUUCCGUGGGUGCGGGCUACUACGUAACUUCUGUAAAUGGGCUGUUUGCCAUCAACGAGACGGAGGAAUUACCCAGGAUAUGAAAACCCGGUGGAGCUCGCCGCUCAGACAUCUUUUACUGUCAAUGAUGUUGAAGCACUGUUUGAACUAUUCAAGAUGAUUAGUGGUUCUUUGGUUCAUGAUGGAUUGAUCAACAAGGAAGAGUUUCAGCUAGCAUUUUUUAAGAAUAACAAAAGGGAAAAUCUUUUGGCAAAUCGGUUAUUUGACCUAUUUGAUGCCAAACAAAAGGGAGUUAUUGAUUUUGGGGAUUUCGUUCGAGCCUUAAAUGUCUUCCAUCCAAAUGCCGCCCAUGAAGACAAAGUAGACUUUUCCUUCAAGUUAUAUGAUCUGGAUGGCACAGGCUUUAUUGAGAGGAAAGAGGUGAAGAAACUGUUGAUUGCAUUGCUAUCUGAAUCAGAAAUGAAGUUGUCAGAUGAGACUCUGGAAAUAAUCCUAGAUAAGACAUUUCAAGAUGCAGACGGUAAUCAGGAUGGUAAAAUAGAUAAAAAGGAUUGGGAAAACUUGGUAUCUGGGAAUCCCUCCUUGAUGAAGGUCAUGACAAUUCCAUAUCUCAGGGACAUAACCACAACAUUUCCAAAUUUUGCUUUCAAUUCUGAAGUUGAUGAUCCCGCCGCAUGAGGUAGCUGUAUAUUGUAGAAGAGGAUUAUGACAAAGCAACAACUAUUAUCUUACCUCAACGCGCAAAUUAUCAUUGUCAGCGCGUAAUGUUGCAGAUAUGUGACUAUACCAGCGUAGCUUUAAAACACUAAUGUGUAAUUUGAGGCGCUGUUUGCCGGUAGAACUCCAUUUUCUUAUCUUCCCAGUCGCUAUGUGAAUCUGUUUCUGUGCUUGGCCGAAUGUCAGGGCAUACUGCUCAAUGACUUUGCCUUUUUGUUGGCUUCUAUCAUAUUAAGUGUAAUCACAUUUGAAUAAAAAUAUUUCUAAUGUGAGUAUAUAUAUAUAUAUAUAUAUUUAAGCU